AUGCACAAGCAAAUGAAGAUCACAGCUUUUUAUGCUUGUGACAAGGACCCCCAGUGCGGGAGAGGCAUGUGCUGUGCUGUGAGCAUCUGGGUGAAGAGCAUAAGGAUCUGCACACCUAUGGGCAAAAUAGGAGACAGCUGCCAUCCGCUGACCCGGAAAGUUCCAUUUUUUGGGCGGAGAAUGCAUCACACGUGCCCAUGUAUGCCGGGCUUAGCCUGUUUACGGGCUUCAUUCAACCGCUUUGUUUGUUUAGCCCGAAAGUAAUCACUUUAGAGUAGAAACUUUGGAUGUGAACGGCCACAGGGUGGCUGUAAGGUCUGUUUCCUUGUGAUUGUUCCAAACUAUAGCAGAUAGUGUGCCAGAAAGAAGAGCUGCGGCUCCCUCCACGUGCCAAGUAACAUUUCUAGCGCUGAUUUUUAAAUGACCUCUUUUUACUGAAAUAAUUUUGGUUUGGGGUAGAAAUGUGACGUUCAAGGCAUUAUGGAACUGGCUCUAAUUUCCUGUUUGUGUUACGAUUUGGUUUGGCUUUUUUUCUUAAUGCCAAUAACUCACCCAUUUUCACAAAAAUGAGGACAGUAAGAAUUUGAUAUUUUGUUACGGAAACUUUUUUUCUUCAACCCUCCUCCUCCCACCCCUGCCCCACCACCCACAGGCACCUUGUUCACCCUCCGGUCUCUAGUCUCUCAUCCCUCAAAGAAUUUUAAGGACCUCACUUUAUUCUUUGUCAUUUACCUCCCUGUCCCUCUGGCAUUUUAAAAUAUGUGUGUAUGGGGGGAAGGGGUGUCCCUAUCCUCUAGCUCGCAGGCAGAGUCGCUGAUGAAAGUCAAGCUCUUUGAUACCUAAACAGGGAAGAGGUACAGUUGAACCAGACGCUCCAGGCUCCCCCACGAGGAGAGGAGGCUGGGCGCCGCUAAACUCCCCUGAACCUGCUGCGUGGCUGUGUGAGGACCGAAGGAAUGCAACGCCACGUUAAUUUAGUCCAGAUUUAUAGGCUUGGGGUUUUUGAAAAGACUUUCCAGUGCAGCAGUGAUUUUCAGCUGGUGUGCCACAAGAAUUUUUAAGACCUGCAGUACCUGACUGUUUAGUCAGGGGCACUGACCUCUUUUCCCUUAGAUUGUCAAGUAAAAAAAUGACAACAGCCAACAUACGAAAGCCUCAGGUGUGAAGGAAUCAAAUGCAUCUUAUUUUUUUUUUUGUCAGAUGGGCAAAAAAUACAUUUUUUUGGUGUGCUGCAGAAUUUUAGUAAUUAGUUUAAUAUGAAAAUCACUGCAAUACAGUAUUACAUUUAUUUCUUUUUUUAUGAAGUUAAUUUUAGAGAAUCUCGUAGAGAUGUUACUAAAAAUGUCACUUGAAGAGGAAGUAUUGAUUUUAUUCUGGCAUAAAACUAGUUACCAUUUUUAAAUCAGUAUUAAGUUGUAAUCUAAACUUCAUUUGUAAUCAAAAGGUCUGUUGUAAUGGGUUGUCUGACAUCCUGCCAUUUGUACCUGUAUCAAUAUUGCUGUGUAAAAAUUCUGUAUCAGAAUGACAGUACUGUAUAUCAUUUGAUUUACUUUAAUAUUAUAUCCUUAUUUUUGUCACAGCUGUCUUCAGUUUUUAUUAAAAGCAGAUUUUUAUAUAGCCCACAUCCUAAAA